CUCAUUCUUGGGUUGUUUUGGAGCAGAUCUCUCGGGCUGAUCUGCGAUGCUUGAGACUUGCAGCAGAACUUCUGCAUCGUUGUGCUUGGAGAAUCCAGGUUGAAACAAACCCUCAGACGACAAAGGAAAUUCAAUCGCGAUCCGUAUCCAGGCACAUGUGUGAAGUAGGAUGGAAGGGCUUGUAUCGUUGUAUGACCGCGGGGCAGCCUGAGUCUGUGAAAACAAAUAUAAGAAACCCCCUCUGCUGACCUUGAAGACAUCAUCGACAAGCAAGCAAUCCGAGUCAACUCAAUCUAAACCACUCUACUACGAAUCUCUUUUCAGCCGUUCACAAUGAAGCUCAAUAUCUCUACCGUCGUGGUGGCUUCCACCUUCCUCUCAGCCGCCAACGCCGCCGGUUCUCCCUCUCUCUCCAACAUUCCGGAGAGCUGCUUGGAAAUUCCCAAGGUCUUGGGCAACAAGCCUCUGCAGCUCCUGGAGUACUUCCAUAAGGAAGUAUGUGAGCAGGACUGCACCGCCACCAUCAAUCAGCACAACUCCUACGUGCGAAACCAAGUCCUCCCGCAGCUGAUUCGGGACGUGGACCAAAAGCUGGGCAUCUCCGCCACCGAGCAGGCUCAGUUUAAGCAGCUCCAGACCCAGGCCGCGGCCGCCGUCCAGAAGAGUUGCUCUGCUGAGGGCAACAAGCCCCUCUGCAACGAUAUCCAAGGGCUCGUCGACUAUGGGUUCUGUGCAUUCAAGGCUGCCGAGCCUAUCUUCAAGAACCAUCUUAACCAGUUGCAACAGGGCUCCCUCAAUAUCACUGAGGCUAAAUGCGACAAGAUCAAGGAGCUCGACUCUGACGCGACUGUCUGGCAGAAGACUUUGCCAAGCUACAUUGACAAGUUCGCCAAGGAGUGUGCCAGUGAAAAGUAGAUGCGGCGCGAGCGCGCUUCUUUCAGGCAAGCUGGCCUAGAUGGCCUGAGCCUGAGCCGAUGUUGAGACACCAUGCACACCGACCAAAAGCAGCGGCGCUGCGUCGCAGGGCGAGGAAGGAUUGUUGUGCAGUCUUGUUUGUUUGACUCUGGUAGUUUUGUGAUUCUUUGAAAUUUGAGAUUUAGUCAUCUUGUCACUCUCUCAGAAGGUAUCUGACUUUGAAACUAUUGAUCAAUUCUCCCG